CCCUUUCACUGCGUCAAAUGCCUGCCCCCCCCCACUAAAAUGCCUGCACCCCCCCCCCACUAAAAUGCUUGCCCCCCCACUAAAAUGCUUGCCCCCCCCCCACUAAAAUGCUUGCCCCCCCCCACUCCACUAAAAUGCCUCCCCCCCCCACUAAAUAAAACCGCUCUCCCCGGACCCCGCAUUCACUAUAUCCGCUCUCCCCGGACCCCGCAUUCCCUAUAUCCGCUCUCCCCGGACCCCGCACUCACUGUAUCCGCUCUCCCCGGACCCCGCACUCACUAUAUCCGCUCUCCCCAGACCCCGCAUUCACUAUAUCCGCUCUCCCCGGACCCCGCAUUCACUAUAUCCGCUCUCCCCGGACCCCGCAUUCACUAUAUCCGCUCUCCCCGGACCCCGCAUUCACUACAUCCGCUCUCCCCGGACCCCGCAUUCACUACAUCCGCUCUCCCCGGACCCCGCAUUCACUACAUCCGCUCUCCCCGGACCCCGCAUUCACUAUAUCCGCUCUCUCCCCGGACCCCGCAUUCACUAUAUCCGCUCUCCCCGGACCCCGCAUUCACUACAUCCGCUCUCCCCGGACCCCGCAUUCACUGUAUCCGCUCUCCCCGGACCCCGCAUUCACUACAUCCGCUCUCCCCGGACCCCGCAUUCACUACAUCCGCUCUCCCCGGACCCCGCAUUCACUACAUCCGCUCUCCCCGGACCCCGCAUUCACUACAUCCGCUCUCCCCGGACCCCGCAUUCACUACAUCCGCUCUCCCCGGACCCCGCAUUCCCUAUAUC